AUGGGUGAUCCGGUUAAUGAUGUUGAUCCGGUAGAGGAGUAUGAAAAUGAAAACUCUGUUGGAAUUAGCUUAGUAGAGGCCAUAUCUGAUAAUGAUAGAGACACUGCCCAAAAUUCUCAGGCCCCUAAUACUAUGUCUACUGAGGGCCCUUCCACAGAAGUUCAAACAGGAGCCUAUGAAAGAAAAAAAAGAAAGAGGACUUCUGAUGUAUGGAAGGAUUUUGUUGAAGUUGAUAGCAAUGGGGUUAAACAGCCUCAAUGUAAGUGGUGUAAAAAUAUAUUUAAAGCUUCUCGCUCAAGUUCUACCACUACAUUACGUAGGCACUUGCUGACUUGUUUGCCAUACAUGGGGUUUAAGAAAAAACAAAAAGUCUUAGCAGUUGAGUCUAAGGAGGCAGAUGGUGCCUUCACUGUCUCAAACUUUACCUAUGAUCGUAAUAGGGUCCGAGAGCUUGCCUCUCAUAUGAUACUUUACCAUGAAUAUCCAUUCUCUUUAAUGGAACAUGUGGUAUUUAAUAGAUUCAUGAGUGCAAACACUCCAUAUUGGGAAAAAAUGUCUCAGGUUGCUGCAAAAAAAGAAUGCAUGAGAACUUAUGAGAAUGAAAAGACAAAGUUAAGGGCUUUGCUUAAACAUGUGAAUAAGGUUCAUAUCACAAAUGACAUGUGGACUUCUUGUCAAAAACUUUCAUAUAUGGUAGUGACAUGUCAUUUUAUAGACUCUGAUUGGCACCUUCAGAGGCGUGUCUUGAACUUUUGUAAUAUGCCACCUCCACAUACUGGCCUUCUUAUUGCUGAUGCUUUAGAAAAGUGUUUCCAAAGUUGGGGGAUUGAGAAUAAAAUUAGUUCAAUUACUGUUGACAAUGCUAGUUCUAAUGAUGUUGCCAUUCGGAUCUUGAAAAAUGAUUUUAGAUUGAAGAAAACAUUGUCUGUAAGUGGCCAACUGUUUCAUGUACGUUGUUAUGCACAUAUAACAAAUUUACUUGUACAGUAUGGAGUUGGGGAGAUUAGGGAUAUUGUUGAUUGUGUUAGAGAUGCUAUAAAAUAUCUGUUCAAAGAAGUUUUUCCUAGAUAUGGUGAUAGAGAUAGAUGUUUUGAAUGGGUUCUAACUGAUGAAGAGUGGGGGCAAGUUGAAAAUGUUUGUCAACUAUUAGCUAUUUUCAAUGAAGUCACCAAUAUUGUAUAUGCAAGUGAUUACCCAACAGCAAACUUAUUUCUUUCUGAAAUUUGGAGAAUGAAGGACAUCUUAGGUAAGAAGAGUAGAGAUGAGAAUGAGUACGUGAAAUCAAUGGUAAGAAAAAUGAGUGCUAAGUUUGACAAAUAUUGGGGGGAGUGUAAUCUAUUGAUGUCAAUUGCUGCAGUGUUAGAUCCUAGAUUCAAAAUGGUCCUAAUCCAGUUUUGUUUUCCUUUAAUUUAUCACGGGCCGGAGGUUGCAAAGAAUAUUGAUCAUGUGUCUGUUGUGUUGCUUGAGUUAUAUAAUGAGUAUGUUCAUGAAUACAAUUCAACUGUUGAGGCACAAAGAGAGCAGGAUAAUGCUCGAAUGAAUGUAUUUGGUUCUUCCUCAAGUGUUGGGACUGGGAGAAGCAUGCAGGGUGGCCAGUCAUUAUUUAAAUCUUUUGUUAGAAGUGUUGAUACCUUGCAGCCUAGUAAAUCAGAACUGGACAAUUAUUUAGAGGAGAGCAUUUAUAUUUGUGAAGAGGGUUCAGAUGCAAGUUUUGAUGCCUUGGAAUGGUGGAAAAUAAAUAGUCUCAAGUUUCGAACUUUGUCCAAACUGGCCCGAGAUAUUUUGGCUACUCUAAUUACCACAGUUAGCUCAAAAUCAACAUUCAGCGCAGGAGACAGAGUCAUUGAUCCUCAUAGAGCUUCAUUAAAGACUGAAACUGUCCAGAUGUUAUUAUGUGGGUCUGAUUGGGUUAGAGCACUAUAUGGGCUUAAAAGAUCAUCCACAAAUUCUAUGGAUGUUUUAUCAGAAACUCAUAUUCUCUUGCCACAGCAAUAG